AAGAUGGCUGUAUGUUGUAUGUUUCGUUCUCGUUACUCUCGUUCAUUUGUCUGGUUGUUGCCGCAAUAUUCUCAAAUCUCGCAAUAGUUAGUGACUGUCAGGCUGUCGGUGAAUAGUGAUCACUAGUGGCUAUUGUCGUGAUCUCACUUGGCUAACAUUUACGUGCUUGGUGUACUGUAUAAUGUGCGUUUUUACUUCAGUUAUGUUUCUAUUUUAGUUAUACGGAAGCGUACUUUCUUUUUUUUUUAAUUUUAUAGGAAUGUGACGUUCUAUUUAUUUUUAUAUUUAUCCAAAUAUUUUGUCGGUAGUGAUAAAAAGGAUUUAUGUUUAUUUUUAUAUUUCAUUAAUUUGUCGUAUGUUAUACUUAAUUCCUGUAUUUCUGUAUUUCUGUAUUUCACAUAUUUCAUUAAAAUAUUUCAUUCGUAUUUGAUGAAGUUUGAAUACGUAUCAAUAAGACACUAUUUCAAUCUUUUAUUGCAUUGAUCAUCACGAGGGAUCUUAUCAAUAUACCAUGCAGAAUAGUUACAUUAUAGAGCCUCAGAAUGAUUCAACAUUUGCAACAGCAUCUUAUGUGCAUCAGGAGGAAAUGCAAAAUAAUAAGAGAGCAAAUGAAAAUACCUGUUUGGCACCUAAUAACAAUCAGACGUACUUUGCUGAUGAAAAAGUUCAUAUACCAGAAGCAGAAAAUGGUUUCUUUAGUUUUAGAAAAUUAUGGGCUUUCACAGGUCCUGGAUUCUUAAUGUCCAUAGCUUAUUUAGAUCCUGGAAAUAUUGAAUCUGAUUUGCAAUCUGGCGUAGCUGCCAAAUAUAAGUUAUUAUGGGUAUUGUUAAGUGCAACCAUUCUUGGUCUUAUUAUGCAAAGAUUAAGUGCAAGGCUUGGUGUGGUAACAGGUUUGCAUUUAGCAGAAAUGUGUUACAGACAAUAUAAAAAAGUACCCAGGAUGAUUUUAUGGAUAAUGAUAGAAAUAGCCAUAAUUGGCAGUGACAUGCAAGAAGUAAUAGGAACAGCUAUUGCUUUAUCUUUAUUAACAAAUAAAGUGAUUCCUAUAUGGGGUGGUGUUCUUAUUACGAUAAUUGAUACUUUUACGUUUUUAUUAUUGGACAAAUAUGGCUUAAGGAAAUUAGAACUCUUUUUUGGAUUUCUUAUUACAGUAAUGGCUGUCACAUUUGGAUAUGAGUACGUUGUUUCUGCCCCACCUCAAAAUGAAGUGAUAAGUGGAAUGUUUAUACCUUGGUAUAAAGAUUAUGACAGAAAUAUGUUGUUACAAGCUGUAGGAAUUGUUGGUGCAGUUAUCAUGCCACAUAACUUAUAUCUUCACAGUGCUCUUGUUAAAUCAAGAGACAUUGACCGUAAAGAAUCCAAAAAAGUGAAUGAGGCAAAUAUGUAUUACUUCAUUGAGGCAUGCAUUGCACUUCUGGUAUCUUUUAUAAUUAACGUAUUUGUUGUCGCAGUGUUUGCGCAUGGUCUUUUUAACAAGACUAGUUUAGAAGUUUACAAUCUGUGUGAAGCUAACAAUUAUACUGUAGGAAUGGAUACAUUUAAGAAAGAGAAUACAACCAUCUCAGUAGACCUUAACAAAGGUGGCAUAUUUUUGGGCUGUGCCUUUGGUGCGGCAGCAAUGUAUAUUUGGGCUGUCGGUAUUUUUGCUGCUGGCCAAUCUUCCACGAUGACAGGAACGUAUGCCGGACAAUUUGCAAUGGAAGGAUUUUUAAAUCUUCAGUGGGCUCGUUGGAAGCGAGUACUUUUUACGCGAAUGAUCGCUAUCAUUCCAACCUUCCUUGUCGCAUUCUUUAGUGACAUUGAUAAUUUAACUGGCAUGAAUGAUAUUUUGAACGCAAUUAUGACUCUUCAGUUACCUUUUGCAACCCUGCCAACGAUAGCAUUUACUAGUAGUCCUAAAAUUAUGGGUACAUUUCGAAACGGAUUAACUAAUAAAAUUGUUGCGACAGCAUUAUCCGCUGUUGUAAUAGCUAUAAAUAUAUAUUUUGUAAUAAAUACUGUCCAAGAUGAUUUGCCACAUCACUGGGCGGUAAUAGUUGCAAUUACAAUAUAUUCCAUUUUAUAUCUUCUAUUUUGCCUUUAUUUGACCAUUCAUAUGGCUGUGAGUAUGGGCGCGACUUCUCUUGGUGACCAUUGGUUCGUAAAGAGAUAUAUUGGAAGUCCUGUAAGUACAACACUUGGAUUAUCAAACCCUGCAAUAUAUGCAAGGUCUAAUCCAGCAUUUAACAUCCAAGAAAAUUGGUCUGGAAGCUUUAACUCGAUACCGGAAUACUGAUAUGACAAAUAAAACGUGGUAAAUAGUAUUUAAUACUCAUGGGUUGCAUUCUCAUAGAGUUAGCAUCAUAGAUUUUAAGAUUUUAUAGAAUUGAAAAUGAUAACUUCCUAUAAAAUAUACUCACCAAAUUGUUUUCUAAAAUUAGGGCUUUAACAUGUAAAAUAAGCAAAGUGCGUUAAUGAUAGAAAAAUACGUGAUGAUCGUGUAUUUGUAUAUAUAUAUAUAUAAUUGUAUUAAAUAAAUUAGUCAUAUACAGGGUGGUUGGUAACUGGUGGUACAAGCGGUAAGGGGGUGAUUCUACGCGAAAAAAGAAAUCGAAAAUAUAGAAUAAAAAUUUUUUUUUUAUUUUUUUUUCUAAAUUUUUCCAUCAAGAGAACGAUCUACAGUGAGAUUCGUUAUAACGAGACGUGAUAAAGUGCACGCGUACUGAGCGAAAAUUCAAAGUCGAUUUUCUCGAAAACAUAGCCUCAAACGAAAAAUUUUUAUUCUAUAUUUUCGACUUCUUUUUCCGCGUAGAAUCACCCCCUUUCCGCUUGUACCGCCAGUUACCAAUCACCCUGUAUAUUGUAUAUAAAAGAGGCUUGUACAAAAUAUAAUAAAAAUUAAAAAUUUUAAUAUGUAAAUGAUAUGUAAACUAUAGGGAUUAUGGUAUCUAAAAAAGAGAAUUAAUAAAAGUGGUAAACUGAUGAUUAAAAUAUGUAAAUAUGUAAAGUCCACUGAUGCUGUUCAUAUUAUAUGUGUAUUUGUACUACUAUUUAAGGACAGUCAUUUAUAUGUGUGUUUUGCGAUUGUAUGUGUUUAAUACUUAACACGUAUACGACAUCGAUACGAGAAUCAGUUGUUGAACAUCCGCUGUUGAGGACGGACAACACGCUCUAUGUAGAAGCAAGUAUGAGAUAUUCUUAUAUUUCAUGUUAUGACCUACAAAUUAUCUAAAGGAAGAUAUGUAUUCGUUUAAAAUACCAGUAAAUAAUCGUGUUUUUUUACAAUACUUGAUUUAUUCAUGUUUAAAUCUCACAAAAAUAAUUUUAAUAGGAUACAAUUCAUAUUUGUAAAAUAGUUCAGUUUAAGAAAAUCAAAUUUUUGGAUUACUAUCAAGUAAAAUGUUUCUUUUCCGCCUUAAAUAUUAUCCUUCCUCUAUUUUGGAAAAAUUUAGUUUGUCUUGUAAUUUCUCAUUAGAAAAUACGUUUCAAAUAUACAUCUAUAUAAACGAUAUUACAAAAAUGUAAUAACGAUGUAGUUGAAUAUACUUUUUCUAUUUAGAAGUGUAAUGUUUUAAUUGUUGCAACUUAAUGGAGUAUGACUAGAUAUUCUUUCAAAUACCGCAGAUAAAUAUUAUCCCUAUAUUUUACACCCAAUUGUUUAGUAUCAAAUAAACACUAAGAUACCCUGAGUUAAUAAACUGUAUUCCAGAAUUUAUUACUUUCUAAUCGUCAUUUAUUAAUAAAAAGUAUUUUUAAUAUCUCAA